UUUCGAGCUCAGCUCCCCAAUCCCACUUCGUUAAUCGUCCAGUGCCAGUUCAACCCAAGUCUAGCCGACAACAAAAUGAAGGUGUUCGUCUGCCUGAUUGCCUGUUUCGCCGUGGCCCAAGCCGGAUUCAUCGGAGGCGGUGGUAGCAGUGGCUGGUCAUCCGGCGGCGGCGGUGGUGGUGGCUGGUCCUCCGGCGGCGGUGGUGGUGGCUGGUCAUCCGGCGGAGGUGGUGGUGGCUGGUCCUCCGGUGGUGGCGGUGGUGCCCCACCCACCAUCGUCAAGGUCAUCAGCGAGGAGGCUGGCCACAGCGGCGGCGGAUGGUCCGGUGGAUAUUCCGGCGGUCAUGGCCACGCUGCCGAGGAGCUGAAGAUCAUCAAGGUGAUCAGCGAAGGGGGCCACUCCCACUCCCACGGUCAUGAUCAUGGACACAGUCACGGCCACGGCUCCGAGGUUAAGAUCAUCAAGGUCAUCCAGGAGGAGGAUCACAGUCACGGCCAUGGCCAUGGUCACGGGUACAACUACGCCAGCGGAGGACAUGGCCACGACCACCACACCGAGGAUGUGAAGAUCAUCAAGCUGAUCAGCUCCGGAAUCGCCGAUGGCGGUAGCUCCGGCGGUUGGUCCUCCGGCGGAUCUGGAGGCGGCUGGUCCGCUGGCGCUCCCAGUGGUGGAUGGUCAUCCGGCGGUGGCUGGUCCUCCGGCGGUUCCGGCUGGAACUAAGCGGAUACCAGACGAUCCCGCCAGAUCCACCAGGCAAUCCAGCGCGCUGACGUCAACUCUUUUGUUCCUGUUGUUUGAGUUGUGUAGCGACAUUGGACUUUUUGAUGUUACGAAGUUAUGUUUAAGAUAGUGCACGCGUUUUGUGUGUGCGCUUAGAAACGCAUUAUUUUUUUUUUUUGUUAAUUGC